AUGCUGGCUGGCGGAUCGAAUGGACCCGAGGAUAUUCGAGCCGCGCUAUCACAAGCGGCCAAAGAUGGCCAGAAUUUGUGGGAGGAGAAUAGAGAUCUACAGAGAAUCCAAAUGGCCAUCGGACAACUCGAAUCCGAAACAAAGAUCCGAUCAGUUGGCAACAGGCUCGCCAAUCGAUGCAAGAAUGCAGCGUCGUGCCUCACAACCUACGAGAUGCUCAUCGAUCGACGCGCCCAGCUUACGACUCGUUUAAAUAAUGGGCUACAAUUUGUGGCCAUGUUGCAAAACUCCUUGAUCAGCGAGCGCUUGUUCAACUGGAAAAACCAACAAAAGCUGGCCCAAGUCGGCUUCCCGUUUGAGAAUCGAGAUCAAUGCUUGGAUGAGAUACAGAAAGAAUUUGAAUUUCUCGCCGAACAAAAUUGGCAACUACGAACCUUCGCUUGCUAUCAACACGACUUCGUUAAGCGCGGUCCACAACUAAACGACAACAAUGCACAAACGUGUGCCCAGAAUAUCUCAGCAAUCAUGGAUCAAUUGUCGAAACUGUUAUGCAUGCUCGUCUCGCAAUCUUUCGUGGUCACCGUUCAACCGGAUCCCGUGCUCAAAACACAGCACAAAUUUGGAACUGAGGUCCAAGACGCGAAACUUCUCUCAUCUGGGCAACUUUCUGAAAAAGACAUAAAAACUGUUGGCUCGAUCUCGAACGAUUUCGAGAAAAUGAUGAUGGAUGAAAAAGGGCAUAUGGCUGCGAAAUUCAACAAUUCGGAAACUCACACGCAUCGCCCAUCGAAAGCAAACUCAAAGAAUUUGAUGUGUGUGGACAAUGUCCCUACCCUUAAUGGUCACUGUUCAUGGGUCACAAGAUUGCGAUGCACAAGGGGCAAUCUCUGGCAGAGAGCUUCAGCACCAAGUGGUUGCGACAUUCAGCACGUCGCCUGGCAAGAGCUGGGUGAAGUCAUUCGAUACAAGUUCUCACUAUUCACAGGUGCUCGUCGUCCUCUCUCCGAUUCUGAUCUCAACUAUUUAUACGAGAAAUUCUUCGUCUCAACGCGCAAGACAUCAAACCAA